UUGAAGACAAAAUUUAAUUAUUAGACAAUAACAACAAUAGUGUUCAUCUCGAGAAUGUUUGUUUGUGUUGUGUUGUGGAGAAUGUCCGCGAAUGUUUCAUAUUUAAAAUAAUUUCAAAUUACUUCGUCACUGCAGCUGUAAUUUACAGAAUAUUUUGAUGUUGUAACUAAAUUGAUAUCCGAAUUUAACAUUUUCAGGGGGAAUUGCUAAAGAAAGGUUAACCUCACAAGUUUUUUUAAGCUGUUCCAAUAGGUAAAUACACCUGUGUUCAGUGUUACCGCCAUGGAGUCUGAGAUGCAUCGCACGCUGGCUCGGCACCAGCAGGAAGAAGACAGCUGGCGACGCCGCUGCGGGUGUAUUCGAACCAGUGAGAAACUGAAGAAGGUUCUCGAAUGCUUCCCACCUCCACCACCGCCUACACCAGAGUAUCCCAAUGGAACCAACGCUCUUGCGAAAACUUGCAUAUCUGCAUUCUGCACAAAUGUCCAUCCUUGCACGAACCUUCAGCUUCCAACGCCUAACAAAGUUGUGCAACUUCUCAAAGAACCCUUGGAAGAGUCUGAACCAGAAAAACCUAUGAAAAAAGUGAGUGCUAGAACAUGGCACGUGAUAAGCGAGCUGGUGCAGCUGAUCCAGAUCUCGGUGACGGCCACCGCGCUCGCGCUGUACUACCUUAUCUACUGCUACAUGCAACUUGUGUACUACACGUUACGAAGCGCACUAUACUUCCACAACGCUGAUGGAGCCAUGAAAGUCACAAUCACCGUAGUAACAAUAACAUCUUUUGUGAUUGCCUUCAACAUCUUACUGAAAAUUGAAAAGCUGAUUGGUGUUCAAUGAAAUAAUACGGUUAAAUGUAUUAAAAAAAUAUAAUAUAUACUAUGUAUAUUGGGUAUAAUUCUGCUAUGCAUAAUCUCAAGCUAAACUAAAAUUACAAGUCUAAAUAUAUUUUUAUUCUUUUCACAAUGCCUCCUGCUGAAAAGGAUUAGCACUAGAUACCUACCAAUUAAGCUUAGCUUAGAGAUAAAAUUGUACAUCAGAAUUAGUCACAAUAGUUGCAUAUCAGAGAUAAUUAUUAUUAAAAUACUUAGUGUGUGUCGUGUGUAUAAUAGUAUGAGACCUAGUGACGUCACUAUACAGUGCGCAAAACCUGAAAACGGUUUAAAACUACAAAAUUUAUUGCUCGCUGUAAAACAUUGGGUCACAGGAAAAAGUGCCAGUGAGAAAUCGCAUACUUUACAGGUCUCGUUAUUGUGCACGACAUCAACAAUCGAAAUAAUCGAUUGAAUAUCUAAUGUUUUUUUUAAAUUGUUUAAAAAAUUACUACCAGUAAAUGUUAAUAAACUAUUUUAAUCAACUUA